GCAUGGUGGGCUGCCAACCCCUCCGCUGCAUCGGGACGCGCGGACCUUGGCACUGCCCGGCUCAGGGUGCCAGCGGUGGAGUCCCCAGCCGUGGUGACUACACGUGGCGGAGCGUGUGGUUAGAAGUUGGACUUUUGAUGAUGUUUGACCCAGCAGCAGCAAUAGCAGGCAACGUGAUUUUAAAGUUGAGCUCAGCCUCUGUUUUUUCCAUCUUGUAAUCACAAAGAGCAUCUGGACCAGGAAUUCCAAUCAUGUCUGUGAUGGUGGUGAGAAAGAAGGUGACACGGAAGUGGGAGAAACUCCCAGGCAGGAACACCUUCUGCUGCGAUGGUCGUGUCAUGAUGGCCCGGCAAAAGGGCAUCUUCUACUUGACCCUUUUCCUCAUCCUGGGGACAUGUACACUCUUCUUUGCCUUCGAAUGCCGUUACUUGGCUGUCCAGCUAUCUCCUGCCAUCCCUGUGUUUGCUGCCAUGCUCUUCCUUUUUUCCAUGGCUACACUGUUGAGGACCAGCUUCAGUGACCCUGGAGUGAUCCCUCGAGCUCUACCAGAUGAAGCAGCUUUCAUAGAAAUGGAGAUAGAAGCUACCAAUGGUGCGGUGCCCCAGGGCCAACGACCACCCCCUCGUAUCAAGAAUUUCCAGAUUAACAACCAGAUUGUAAAGCUGAAAUACUGUUAUACGUGCAAGAUCUUCCGGCCUCCCCGGGCCUCCCAUUGCAGCAUCUGUGACAACUGUGUGGAGCGCUUCGACCAUCACUGCCCCUGGGUGGGGAAUUGUGUUGGAAAGAGGAACUACCGCUACUUCUACCUCUUCAUCCUUUCUCUCUCCCUCCUCACCAUCUAUGUCUUCGCCUUCAAUAUCGUCUAUGUGGCCCUCAAAUCCUUGAAAAUUGGCUUCCUGGAGACGUUGAAAGAAACUCCUGGAACUGUUCUAGAAGUACUCAUUUGUUUCUUCACACUCUGGUCCGUCGUGGGACUAACUGGAUUUCACACUUUCCUUGUGGCUCUCAACCAGACAACCAAUGAAGACAUCAAAGGCUCAUGGACAGGGAAGAAUCGAGUCCAGAAUCCCUACAGCCAUGGCAACAUUGUGAAGAACUGCUGUGAAGUGCUGUGUGGCCCCUUGCCUCCCAGUGUGCUGGAUCGAAGAGGUAUUUUACCACUGGAGGAAAGUGGAAGUCGACCUCCUAGCACUCAAGAGACCAGUAGUAGCCUCUUGCCACAGAGCCCAGCCCUAACAGAACAUCUGAGCUCAAAUGAGAUGCCGGAGGACAGCACUCCUGAAGAGAUGCCACCCCCGGAACCUCCAGAGCCACCACACGAGGUGGCUGAAGCUGACAAGUAGCCUAUCUAUGGAAGAGACUUUUGUUUGUGUUUAAUUAGGGCUGUGAGAGAUUUAAGGGGAGAAGAUAAACCUGAGACAGAGAACAAGUAAGCUGUUUUUCUUUGAUCUUUAUUCAGCCAAUUGCACACUGGCAUUUUCUUGCUGCAAGUUUUUUUUUUUUUCCUGGACUCAAGGCAGUCAUAGAAGAUGUCAGUGACCUCUGGUAACUGGACAAAUGGGUCUCUUGGGCCCCUGCACUAGUUUUCCAUGGAGUCUUCUUGGGCUCCCCUUUCUUCCCUCCAGAUCUUAGCUCUCCUGCUUGGCGUGGUUGGUCCAUUUGUGGGGUUAAAGGUUUUUGAGACUGGCACAGAUCCUCUCCAGCCGCUGCAUGGCACGAGUCCAGAGGUGGUCACAGAGAACUCUGGCUAGGGAAUCCUAACUGGAUUCUUGGGGCUUCAUAAUUAAAGAGGAUGGAGAGUGGGAUUGGAGGAUUCUCCUGGCUACAAAGUGCCAACAUAGCCCAUAAAUCCUUUCAGGAAUGGGGCAGGUAGCUUCCACUUGUUGUAUUUAUUCAUGUAGUUUCUCCUUUGUCCCCCAUCCACUUUCUAACCCCCAAGCCCCACUCUUUUCCAGUUAGAGAUAUGUAAGUAGUUGCAGUAUAGAUAACAAUUUACAUGUCUUAUAGAUUACCCAGAAACUUUUUAAUACCUGUGCUAUUCUCAAUAAGAAUUCAUGAGAUGCCAACGGCAUCACCCCUUGUAUUCUCUGUCUCUUAUCUCCUCCUUUCUCACCAGUCCCAUUUAAUUUGUUUUCCUUCUGACUCUUGCUCCUAUUAGGAGCAGGAAUGGCAGUAAUAAAAGUCUGCACUUUGGCGAUUCCUCUCCUCAGAAUAAGCCCGAGUGCUCACUUAAACACUACACCCCCCAGACUCCCUGUGUGAGGCCUGCAGAGGCCCUGAAUGCACAAAUGGGGAAACCAAGGCACAGAGAGGAACUCCUCUCCUCUCCUCUCCUCUCUCCCUAUGUCCCCUCAAAAAAGAAAAAAGUAAAAAAAGACAACUAGUACUUCCAGUAGGCCUCGGCUGAGUGAGGAGGGAAAACCCAGCACUGCUGCCCUCCCGGGUGACCCACUCUAAGGCCUUGGCCCACCUCGGGCUUGAUAACCACACCAGGGGCUUCCGCCAGCCUCGUUCUUCCAGCACUUCCACUUCCACAGGCAGAGUCCCAGAGCCACUUCACCCUGGGUGCGGGCUGUGACCCGCCCACACACCCCGUCAGCUCUGCUCAGGACCUGCUCUAUUUCAGGGAAGAAAAUUUAUGUAUUAUAUGUGGCUAUAUUUCCUAAAGCACCUGUGUUUUUCUAAGCCAGGGUCCUGUCUGGAUGACUUACGGGGAGGGGGACGUGUAAAUCAGAACUUUUAAUCUAUUUGAAAGUGAUUAAACUGUGUCUAAUGCAGACUGUCUGCCUCCUCCUUCCCCUUCCAUUUCAAGAAUCACCAUGGGGGCGUGAGUGUC